GGAAGUCAGACCCUGGGUCCCGGGCCUGGGCCUCUCUGUCCCCCUGCUCGGGAGAAGGGGGAAGCCACGGGUCUGUUUUGGGGGCUCAGCCUCCCAAUCUCACCAGGCAAAGGAAGCCAAGAUUUUCAGCUGAUGAGGCACUAGGAGGUUCCAACACCAUCGUGUCUGGUCCUGGACUUGUGAUUUGGAGAGAGUGCUAACAGAGGUCAGAAGCCGGCAUUGGAUCCCCUGGAACUAGGGCUAUGAAUGAUUGUGAGCCACCAGGGCAGGAUGGCCCAGGAUCUCAGUGAGAAAGAGCUGCUGAGGAUGGAGGUGGAGCAACUGAAGAAGGAAGUGAAGAACCCUCGCGAUCCGAUUUCCAAGACAGGAGAGGAAAUCAAGGAUUAUGUUCAGGCCCAAGCAGGGGCUGACCCUCUUCUCCAAGGCGUCCCAGAAGACAAGAAUCCCUUCAAAGAGAGAGGCACUUGUGUGAUAAGCUGAUGGAGAGAGGCACUUGUGUGAUAAGCUGACGGUCCAGAACCCCGCCCCUUUUCUUCCUGUCCCUCCUCAGCCAGGCCCUAGUGUGAUGGGAUACCCAGGCGACCAACGUUUACCUCCUCUUAGACUUAAAAUGAGUAAAG